AUGACUUCUAAAGAUUAUUAUUUUGAUUCUUAUGCACAUUUCGGAAUACACGAGGAAAUGUUGAAAGAUGAAGUGCGAACAUUAACAUACAGAAAUUCAAUGUAUUAUAACAAACAUCUAUUUAAAGAUAAAAUAGUACUUGAUGUUGGUUGCGGUACUGGUAUACUCAGUAUGUUUGCUGCUAAAGCUGGUGCUAAGAAAGUCAUUGGGAUUGAAUGUUCCAGUAUCAUUGACUAUGCUCAGAAAAUAAUAGUUGAUAAUAGACUAGAUAAAGUUAUAACAUUGGUAAAAGGUAAAGUAGAAGAAGUAGUAUUACCUGAUGGUAUCGAGAAAGUUGAUAUUAUUAUCAGUGAAUGGAUGGGUUAUUGUUUGUUUUACGAGUCUAUGUUAAAUACUGUCAUCUUUGCCAGAGACAAAUGGCUGGCUAAAGAUGGUCUGAUAUUCCCAGACAGAGCUACUUUGUAUAUAUGUGGUAUUGAAGAUAGACAGUAUAAAGAUGAAAAAAUUAACUGGUGGGAUAAUGUAUAUGGAUUUGACAUGAGUAUUAUUAGAGGUGUAGCUAUCAAUGAACCAUUAGUUGAUGUAGUAGAUCAUAAACAAGUUGUCACUAAUUCUUGUUUAGUAAAGGAAGUUGAUAUAUACACUGUUAAAAUAGAAGAUAUGGUAUUUACACAACCUUUCCACCUUCAAUGUCGAAGAAGUGAUUAUUUACAUGCUUUAGUUACAUUUUUCAACAUAGAAUUUACCAAAUGUCAUAAACGAACUGGUUUCUCAACUGCUCCAGAAGCUCCUUAUACACAUUGGAAACAAACUGUAUUCUAUUUGGGUGAUAAUGAUUUAACUAUUAAGAAGGGAGAAGAACUGAAUGGUACCUUUUCCAUGAAGCCUAAUAAACAAAAUAAUCGAGACUUGGAUUUUCAACUAGAGCUAGACUUUAAGGGAGAAUUAUCAGAGAUGUCAGAGAGCCUUCGAUACAAGAUGAGAUAG